AUGAACUCAACUAUAUUAUCCGAUCAGACCCCAUCAUGUGGUAAAAUCCUCAUGUUGCAUGGGCACAGCCAAUCUGGACAGUUUUUCCAAUGCAAAACUAGAUUCAUACGACAAUAUAUGGAGCGAUCCGUGCUCAAAACCCUACAGUCAACUGCGAGCCGAUCCAGAAAACUGGCACAAAGACGACGACAAGCGGGCCUGAGAACAGAGCAUAUCAAAGGGCUUGAAAAGUCCAUUCAAUGUGUCUCUGAUAUUCUUGAAAGACAUGGUCCUUUCAUCGGGAUCAUAGGAUUCUCAUCAGGUGCCGACGUGGCUGCUAUUGUCACAUCCGUUCUUGAAAAGAAAGUAUCAAUCUGCAACUUCAAUAUCACACGAGAUCACCCCCCGAUGAAGCUUGCUUUUUGCCUGAGCGGUUUUCAGCUAGCACACCCUGCGUAUGCGCCGAUAUAUUACCAGUAG